AUGCGAAUCAAAGUAGAGGUUCUAAAGAGAGGUGACUCUGUUACCCAGUGUUACAGAUGUCAAAAAUUUGGUCAUGGGCAAGACAAUUGUGGAGCAAAACCCAUGUGCGUCAAGUGUGGCGAAGACCAUCAGUCAUUUGAAUGCCAGAAAGCUAAAACUGAUGUACCAACCUUUGCCAACUGCAGAGGUGAGCACACGGCCAAUUCCUUGACCUGCAGAAAAAAUCCAAACUCUGUAAAAAGGAACAACAGGAACAAUAAUAUCAACAGCACAACAACACCAGGUAUAUCCUACGCCCAGGCUAUCAACAACCAUCAAAACAGUACUAGCCCAAACCAGCAAGCAGGAUCCAAUACGACAACAGAUCUGAGCAAUUUUAUGACCAUAGUUUUAAUGGGAAAUAAGUACCAAGCCGAAUUACCAGAGUUUCAAAAAACACAAUUGAGUAAGAAUACGGAAGAAAAAUCCUCACGAGUUUGGUUACCCACAGAAGAUUCCAUCGAAUUGGAUGAAUACAUGGAUUUUGCGAAGACAAAGCAUAAUUAUAGCGAAGAACAAGCUUUGACAAUGGCGUUUUUUCAUCGUUAUGAUUAUGAAAAAGCUAAGCAAGAUUUGGCCAACUACUCUCCAGUUUUGGAAGAAUGGACCCAGGAGGACAAAGCUGUUUUCAGAAGGGGCCUUAAGUUGUAUAUAGGUUUAAUUUGCACCUAA